GUUGACUCUUACAUUCACGAUCACGCUUACGCGAUUGUAGAAUGGCCUUUAUCAGCAGGUUGUAAGCUGUAGCUUAUUCGCGACUGUGCUUAAAAGUUGUAAAAACAGCAAUUAAAAGAAGAAAGUAGUGAAAAUCAGAAGAAAUGGCCAAGUUCUCCACAACGUUGUACAAUAUCUUUCUUAAACGAACAUCCACGUUCACGCUGACGGUUUUAACUGCGGCUUUCGUAUUCGAGAGAACUUUUGACUUAGCCUCGGAUAAGAUUUUCGACACUGUUAACAAAGGAAAACUGUGGAAGCACAUCAAGGAUAAAUACGAGUAGUGAAUGGGAUACUAGGAAGAAAUGAAUGUUAGCUUUAUAUUUAAGUAACUUAUAUGUCGCUAUUAGACAUGUAAAUAAACAAGAAGUUCAGCAAAACAGCUA